AUGUUGAUACCGCUGCUUUUGAUGCUGGUUCAUGUAGAAGCUCAGCGAUCGGUUCCGCCACGCCAUAUCGGUUAUAAUCAUAGACCAGGUGUAGUACCCAACGGAGUUGUAAGAAGACCUCCAUCGCCUACCGAUGAAGACAGCUAUGAGGACGAGUGGGAUUUCACCCCAGCACUUCCAAGGAAUCACAUUCCAAAGGCUCCUCAGCCAACAGUUGCAUUACCAGUGAUUGUCAAGCCUGAACCACCUCCCAUUCAAGCAACAAAGCUCGACAUUCAAAAACAAAUAGACUUGAUGAAACUCCAAAAAACGACGACGGAGGCUACAACUACAACUACCACAAAUGCCAAAAACAACAAAGCAUACGAAAUCAACUUUUGCGAUGAGAAUGAAUUUCCCGAUGAAUUGCUGGCCAUGUAUAGUCUCGAAAGAGUAGAAAAUUUUAUUUGGAAUAUCUCGUGCUCUUCCAGCUUCUUUCAGUGCUCCGGCGGACUAACUUACGCCCUAAAAUGCCCAUCAGAAAACCAGGCUUUCGACCGUUCGGUAACGAACUGCAACUAUAGGAACGCCAUAAAAGUGUGUCCCGACUUCGACCACGUACUCUACUGCUCCAUCAAAGAAAUGUGCACGGAGAGCGAAUUUGCUUGCUGCUCGAUGCCACAAAAGUGCAUUCCGCUAUCAAAAAGAUGCGACGGCCAUAUGGACUGUGCUGAUGGUGACGAUGAGAACAACUGCCCAUCCUGCACGCGCUACGAAUUUGCGUGUGUCAAAAGCAGCAGGUGCAUUUCCGCCGAAAAGCGAUGUGAUGGCAUCCCGGACGAUUGCGGAGACUACAGCAAUCUGGAUGAACUAGGCUGCAAUGUGAAUAACACCUGCAUUGGCAAGUUCAUGUGUCACCUGUCCCAGGAAGGGCCUCCCUGUGUCGAGUGGCCGCAACAUUGUAAUGGCGUGAAGAAUUGCGCUUCAGGAGAAGAUGAGCUGAACUGCCGUGCACUGCAAUCGGAUGUUAUGGUUUGUGAAGAUCAAAGACAAUCGAUACCGAGGGAAAAUUGGUGCGAUGGAGUGCGACACUGCGACGAUGGCAGUGACGAAAGAUAUUGCUAGUAUUGGCUAAAUCUUGCAUCGUUGUUGUGAUUCUCGUGGGGAGAAGUUAUGAUAUUAUUCAUCAAAUUAUUCAUUCUAAUUUAUUGUG